AUGGCAUUUCAAUUAGAUAACAGAAUAUCUUCUUUAAUAAAAUAUAGUAAUCACGUUAAUCAUAGAUGUUUUUUUGUAUUAAUCGGAGAAAAUACUAAAAAUUUUAUACCGACAAUAUAUAACUUGUUAUCAACAAAUUCAACAAAGUCUGUUGAAUCUAUUAUAUGGUGUCACAAAAAUGAUGCAAUAGUCAAGGAAGUUAAACAAUCACAAAACGAAGAAGAUGAAAAUAAACUAAAAGACUUUUUUAAAUCACAAGAUAUACAAUUUAUAAGUUACAAUGAAGGAGAUAAGAUAUUGGGACAAACAGUUGAUUUAUUAAUAUUACAGGAUUUUGAAUCUUUAACUCCAAAUUUAAUAGCUUUAAGUGUAGAAACCGUAAGAGGGGGUGGUAUUAUUGUGCUUUUACUUGAUAAUGUCGCUUCUAUUGACCUUAUGAUAAAUACAAAAUCUUCUUUUUUAUUAGAAGACGAUUUUGUUCCUCGAUACAAUAAGCGUCUUUUUAGAUCAUUAAUUAAUACUAGCUUUACGAUCUUUCUUAAUAACACAUUUCAAGUUAUGCCUAUAACUAGAUUUAACUUAGAAAGUAUUAACUUUACCAAAAAAGUGAUUUCAAAAGUUGAAGAAGAUGUAAAUGUACUACUAGACACCAAUGAAAUCUUAAUAAAUAUGGCCAAAACAAUGGAUCAGACUGAAGUUUUGAAAGAGUUUAUGAAUGCUGUCAAGGAUAGAACCGAAAGAACAAUUUUUUCUCUACAAGCUGGGCGUGGUAGAGGUAAAUCUGUAGCACUGGGACUUGCAAUUGCAAAAGCUGUGGAACUAAAGUAUUCUUCUAUUUAUAUAUCAUCUCCUGCCUUAGAAAAUAUUAAAAUGUUAUUUACUUUUUUAAUUAAAGGGUUGGAGGCGUUAGGAUAUAAGAAGUAUGAAGACUUUAAGAUUGUUUAUUCAUUUAAAUCGAAAAAGCGUCUAGUUCAGAGAAUUGAAGUUUUAAGAAAUAUGAAACAAACGAUCGAAUAUUUCAAUCCUUUUGAUGAGUUGAAAUAUCAUCCUGAUAUGUUUGUUAUUGACGAAGCCGCUGCGAUUCCAUUGCCUCUACUGAAAAAAUUACUAUUUCCUAAUUUAAUUUUUAUGGCGACUACUAGUAGUGGCUAUGAAGGGACGGGCAGAGCUUUUUCGACUAAAAUGAGCGAAUACUUACACGAACAGUCUAAUUCGGAUAAUCCUUUUUCUUACAAAGAACUUUUUAUGAAUGCAAGUAUACGUUAUGGAAAUAACGAUCCUGUUGAAAAAUGGCUUAACAAUACAUUAUUAUUAAAUAUUGACAUUAAGAAAAUUAAUAAAUGCCCUGUACCUUCUAGUUGUGGUCUAUACUAUGUAGAUAAGGAUGUUUUGUUUAGUGGAAAUUCUCAUAGUGAAAAAAUUUUAAACGACAUUUUUAGUAUUUUUAUUGCAUCUCACUACAAAAACAGUCCUAAUGAUAUUCAAAUAUUAGCGGAUUCUCCCAGUCAUGAGAUAUUUACACUAGUUACACCAUCAAAUGAAAAAGAUGAAUCUUUGCCGAGGAUUUUGUGCGCCAUUCAUGUUUCUUUUGAGGGCCGUUGCGAGAAAGGCUUACUAAAAAAAGGAAAUUUGAUUCCGUGGAUUGUUUCGGAAGCAAAUUUUGACAUAGAAUUUAUAAAAUAUUUAGGUAUGCGAGUUGUAAGGAUAGCUGUUCAUCCUGACUAUAUGUCAAUGGGGUAUGGUUCUCGUGCUUUAGAUUUGCUUGUUAAUUGGAUGAAAGAAAACCAGCAUUCUUUAUUAACUCGUUUGAGGAAACCCUUGAACGAAAAUAAUAUUUUAUUUUAUGAGUCAAGUGAUAUAUUAUUACCUAAAAUUUCUUGGAUCGGAACUUCUUUUGGUGUUACAAGCCGAUUAAUGAAUUUUUGGAAAAAACAUGAUCUUAUACCGAUUUGUAUUAAACAAACAGUUAGUUAUAUUACAGGAGAAAACACAAUUAUACUUAUGAAAUCAUUGGAUUUACGGCUUGAACUAACUUUUAAAAAAUAUUACAAAAAUUUUAAAACUAGAUUCAUUGGACAAAUGGCUUAUAGCUUCAAACAUUUUAAUUCUUCUCUAUGUAUUUUAUUAUUAUUUAACAGGAUGUACAAAGAAGUUGAAGAAACAAUAUUGUUUUCUAAUGAAGAUAAAGAUAGAAUACAAAGAUAUUGUAGUGGAACUGCCGACCUAUUACAAAUUAUUGAUUUAUUACCUUUAAUUGCAAGGAAAUAUUUUAAUGAACAGUUAGAAUCAUCUCUUAGUAUUUUACAACAAAGUGUAUUAUUAAUGAUCGGGUGUCAACAUAAAUCUAUAGAUGAUGUAUGUAAUAUUUUUAAGUUAAAGAUUUAUGAGGUUAAUACAAUUUUGAUGAAAAUAUUGAAUAUUUUAAAAGAUGACUUAAUUAAAAAACAAUUUUAUUUUUGUUUGUUUAUGAAAAAAAGAUUAACUUUUAUAAACCCACAUUUAUUCUACUUUAUACAAAAUUUAGAUUUAACUUUUUAA